UAGUAAAACAGAAGCUGCGUGUUGACAAAAAUCGCAGUGAAGCUAAAAUCGCUAAAAUAUUAGGUUGAAAGUUGUCAUAAGAUUCGUUUCCGCUUUUUGCGGUGUCAACUGACAUGAAUAUAAAGUUCUUCAGUUCACUCCGCAUCCUUUCUGCAUCUGCACAGCAAUAAGCGCCAGACUGGAAGAGGAAAAAAUAUUAUCUGAAUAUUGUAUACUGAAUCAAUGGAGAGCCCGGCGCCAACAGCCGCAAUCCUCGUCAUCGGCGACGAAAUCCUCAAAGGCCAUACCCAGGACACAAACUCUUCAUUUGCAGCGAAAAUCUUCUACAGUCUCGGUAUAAAGGUUGGCAGGAUCAUUGCCAUCAGCGAUAACAAGGAGGAAAUUGCGGAGGAGCUGCGGAAUUUGACGUCGAAGAACACAUUCGUUGUGACCUCAGGUGGGGUCGGUCCGACUCACGAUGACAUCACAUACGAAGCAGUGGCCGCUGCGUUCGACCUGCCUUUGGUCUUCAACACGGAAUUGGCCAAAAUCGUCGAGUCUUUCUACGGAGUGAAUGACACUAAUAUCGAAAAGAACCCUGCCAUGAAAAUGGCGCAUAUUCCAGAAGAGCAUGAAUUGUUUUAUUCCAAGAAAAUGAAGAAGAGUCCUGAGUGGGCCACCAUUUUUCCCAUGGUCAAAGUGAGGAACGUCUAUGUCCUGCCUGGCUUGCCGAAAUGUUUUGAAGCUUGUCUGACCGGUUUGCAACACUGCUUCCCGUCUGCCCUCGGCUCGCACUUCAUGGACUUUUUAUUCCUAUCAGUCGAAGAGAGUUUAAUCGCUCAGAUUUUGGAAGACACCAUCAAGAAAUUUAAAGUUGUAAUCGGGUGCUAUCCAAUUUUGUACAAUGAACGCUAUCAAACCAAACUGACCGUGGAGGCUGGCACCCUGGCCAAACUGCGCGAGGCGCUGGAACACCUGGAAGCGGCCGUGCCUGCCAAUUCUCUAGUCGAACUGGACCCAACUUCAUUGGCGUUGCAAAAACUGCAGUAUUUGAAUAGCCAUGACGGAGCGAAAACCGCCUUUGACGUUUUCAAGACGUGCCAUACGAAAUACCCUGAUGCCGAAAUCGUCGUCAGCUUCAACGGAGGCAAGGACUGCACUCUCCUCCUCCACUUAUACCAUCUAUAUUUGAAGUCUGUCGGCAAGGCAGGAGCUAAAGUGAAGGCUCUUUACAUCAAGAACCACGAAACCUUCAGCGAGGUCGAAGAGUUUGUUGCAAAGGCUGUGGUUCAUUAUAAUUUGGAACUUAUUGAAUACCAUGAUCAUAUCAAGGCAGGCGUGGGAAAACUCAUGUCGGACCAUCCCAACGUUGGUGUCGUGCUGAUGGGAAACCGACGAACUGAUCCGUACUCGGCCAAGCUGAACACUUUCACCAUGACCGACAAGGGCUGGCCGCAAGUUAUGAGGGUUUUCCCGAUUCUCGACUGGAGCUACGCCGACGUUUGGCAGGCUAUCAUGUUGCUUGGGGUGGACUACUGUUCGCUCUACGACCAGGGAUAUUCCUCCCUGGGAGACCCGCACAACACCGUUCCUAAUCCCGCCCUCAGCUAUCAGGACGAUUCUGGAAAUGUCAAAUUCAGGCCGGCACAUUCGCUUUUGAACGGCACCGAAGAACGAGCUGGCCGAACCAACUAGGCUCGCUUUACGUUGAAUAAUUAUUUAAAUUGCACUAAUUUUAAAUAACACAAGUUAUCAGAUAUUUAAGAAUAUUGUUACUGAGGGACCUUAAGAUUUUUUCGCUUUAAUUCACCAUGCAGUUUGCGAAAGCUUCUUUGUGCUCAAAGCCGCCUAUAGAUGGAUUUUAAUGCGUGCACUUCUACUGCGAUUUAAAACUCAAUCCCGCCUCUAUAUUCUUCCCCUUAUUUUUCUUUUAAAACUGUUGAUGUGUUUAAAACAAAAAUCAGUCGGGCCAAUCGCCGUAAAAUCGUCUGCAAUAUAAUUUUGUUAAUUUGUUUUUCUCGUUUCUGCUGCGAUUGGUUGAACCGAUUUGUAUUUUCAGCACGUCUAAAGAAGUCAUUUUAGGUGAAGAUAAUACACAGUGUCUGAAAUAACAGCGGGAAAGCAUUAAAAUAUAAAUUACCCGCACUUGCCAUUCACUGUCGGCUUCGCAACUUGUGAAUACUGCAUUAAAUUUCGUUUUACUAUAUUGAAGGUAUUUAAAUAAAAAUUAAUAUAAUAGCGAUAGUGACCCACAGACCUAGUCUAAAUAAAUAGCUAAAAUACA